CGUGGGCCCAUCAACUUCAGAAAAUAGAACCUUUUCCGUUACUAUGCAACUUCUUUAAGAAAACAAACAAGAAUUUUCUUCCAUUCGCACAACAGUGAAAAUUCCUUUGGAAAAUUGUUCCAAAAAAUUCCAAUAUGCCUCCAGCGAAAAUGGCACUGCUAAUACGCUCAUCCUAAAACCCGCAGCGAUGUCCAGCCACGGAAGGUCAGUGUUCUUAAACUCAUGUAUCAAGAAACCUUUGAAUCCGCGAAAUAGACAUCCCAACCCGUCCUAUCUAGUGCCACAGUGCAGUCUGGACCGUGGUUUGGACGAUCCGCAAGUGCAGGACAAUAUGAAUGCAAUCACGCGCAAAAAGGCGAACAGCAAGUGUCCACUCGCACGCACAGGACAUCAACGCCGGACCAAGUGUUGUUCGAUUACACACCAGCUGCGAAAAGAAACGGACAAUUUUCAAUCGCUAGUCAAAUUCUACGACAGUAUCCCGGACUAUAACGAGCUGAAUCAUUUACCAAACGAGGAAUUUUACUGCAAGUUAAAUACGCUUCGUAAGAAACAUCGAGAGCUUCGAUUCAAUUGUGCAGAUGAUGGGUUCGACCCGGUUUGUCCGAAAGCAAUGAAAAUGCCUACAACUGAAUCGGUUGAGCCAACCGAAAAAACCGUGAAAAGCCACCUCGAGGAUAACGAAUCGCUCCACUCCUGGAGUAAAUCCCCACCUGCACACUGUGGCGGAAUACUCAACGCAAAUCGAAAAGGUUUGGUCAAGUCAGUACGCAUAGAAGAUACGAAACGUGAUGGUGACGAUGAUUCUGAAACUAAGGUUGCUCGUAGGAAAUUCCGUGCUGGAACACCAUUCGCUUCCGAUCCAGAGGACAGUACGAGAAACGCUUCGACCAGUACAACGCCAGUCAAUUCAGAUUUUGUUGAACGUUACGAUCGAUAUGUUAGGCAAAGUCUUCGCAGUAAGUCGGCCUCUCCAAUCCGAGAUUAUUCCAAAAUAACGAUCCCGCAACCGUACAAAAUGACCCAACGUGAUGAAGAGGAACGCACUCUUCAGGAACUACUAAUAGCAAGCAAGAAUGCCUUCUCAUCCAAAGAAAGCCUCGAUAAACCCUCGGCCCGUCAGAUCAAAGCAAACCCAGUUCCGAUAACUUCUCGCAUACCCCUGUUUGAUAGUAUCAUGGCAGAACAGGAUUACCGAAACCGUCUAGCGAAACUGAACUCGGAAAUUGAACUACAGCAACAGAUGAAACCAUUCCAUUUCAGCGAACGGCUCAAUCGUCCCAACAGCCGCUGUCUUAGUAGAAGCCUAUCCUCACCGGCCCUGCUAACCACUGGUUUUGAAACAAGAUGCAAACUAACGCCGCCGUUCAAAGCUAAACCAUGCCCAAAGAAUUUAUUCAGCAACUACUUCUAUUUCAAAAUGUGGGAAGACCAAUACUUCCGGGAUAUGAGUAAACGGAUACGGGCGGAGGAACUGAUGAAGCAAGCAUCGCUACCUCCGUCUAUGGCACGCCGAGACCGAGCACUGCUUAAAAGUUCCAGACAAGCUGGCCCGCGCGGGGAGGAUUCAGCAGAUUCCACGGGGAAAAGUAAGCGGAAGCGUAAAUCCAAGCGCAGUGCCAAGCGAAAAAAGAACGUCGAGGAAAGAUGUUCGGAGUUCUUCAGUCGGGUGAAUGGGGCGGUGGCGUACGAGGAUCGCGCGAAGGUCGCAGUUAAGCCACUCUACCCGUCCAGUAACUCAAGCUACGGUACGAGCGGAGACGCAAACCAGCUAGCGUGUGAUGCGACUCCGAUUUACCCCGUCAACCGUCCGAAUCUGGCGGCAACGCUGCGCACAGAGUGGUGCCGGAAGAAACUUCGCAACAUGGAACUCGACGAAACAGCCGGGAACGCCAAAAAGGCGUCCAAGUUUGAGUGGGGUGUAAAAAAAAGCCAAGCGUUUCAGAACUUGAAUCUUGAUACCACUCACCAGGAGGAAGUAAAUUUGAGACUAGCGACACGUCGAGCGGAGCAACGGCUUCGCCAGGAAGAGCAUGCCAUAAACAUGGAGCUGAUGAGACAACGGGUUAAAGCAGCACCUUUGCUACUGGAGGGUCCUCCCCAGUGGGGUCCACGGCUUGGCCACGUGACUCAUCGGUGUUUGACCGGUGCCAAAAAUGAUCCACUGUUACACAAAUCGAGCAAAACCAAAAAAAGCUUGACCAAUGGAAGACGGCGCGGUUCGGCUAGCUGUAGCCAAACGGUCAACGAUGAUCGAAAUGAGAGCCCGGGUGAGAAGCAUCGCAGUUCCAGUGGGAGUAAGAUCAGUAAUUAUUCGUUGGAAUCGUUCGACCAGAGUAGUUCAAAACUUUAUGACAGCGUUAUACUGGGCAAGUUGGAGGACGGUAUGUAAAAGUUUAACGGAUGUCAUUCCCGGGUGUGAACAAUCAACUUGUUUAAUGUUUAGUUCUGCUUAUGUGCAAUCCAUUUAAAUGCGUACAAAUAAAGAUAACACGUGUGCUA